AUGCAUUUCUCCCUCACCACCGCCCUCUCCGCGCUCUUCCUCGCCUCGUCCGCCUACGGAGUCGCCCAGAUCCAUUGGCACAUCGGGGCCGACUGCACCGGCGAGCUCCUCGGGACGCACCACUCCAUCCUCCCCGGCGACUGCCUCUCCUUCGACCAGGGCCGCAGCGCGCGCAGCGUCUCGUGGGAAGAGUUCUACGGCGAGGAGAAGAUCCAGGGCCUCCGCCUCUUCCAGUCGGGCGGCGCGAACGACGGCUGCGCGGGCGACUUCCAGCUCGAGAGCAACUCGACGUCGGGCUGCGUGACGGCGCCACCAGGCGUCAACUGGCAGAGUGUCAAGCUUACCUGA